AACACGCGCACGUGAUUUUAGAGUUUUUUAAAUAUAGUUUUUAUUCAAUAUAUCUAUAUGAUUGAAAUAAUUAACGCACUGAAAUGUAACGAACAAUUUUAGUGUGCGCAUUCGCAUAGUAUAAAUCGUAAACUGCAUUUUGUAUUGACUGCACAAUACAUAUGCAUAAUAAUAUAUAUAGCUGUCAUCUUUCUCAAAACAAACCCCUUUCCAAAAUGGCGCCGAACGGGUGCCCAGCUGUUGUUUACCUAAAGAUGUUUGUCGCGUUAUUGCGCGUGAAGUAGAGUUUUUUGUUUUUAAAAACAGUGGAAAUUAAUGUGUGUAUGAAUUGAAAAAAAGAUGGAAACUAUAUGUGAACAAAAUCAACGACACAAAUAGAAGUCAAGUGCAAAUUGUGUGAUCAUUCAAUUGGAUAAAUGAAAAAACGUCAUCAUGAAUGCAAGAACGCAGUUAUUUGAACUCAGUAUGGAGGGUCGCCAAGUGGAUGAGGCAGUAGCAAGUAUUUUUCACAAUGUUCUCUUUCACCGGAGUUUGGGAAAAUUCAAAUAUAAACAGGAAGGCAGCUACUCUGUAGGCACUGUUGGUUAUCAAGAUGUUGACUGUGAUUUUAUAGACUUUACAUAUGUCUGCUGUUCGUCAGUUCAUCUCGAUCAAACAUUAAAACGUGAAAUUUCUGGUUUCUCGGAAGCACUACGAUCGACAGAUAGUCCUGGAUCGGGUCAAAUUUCACUUGAAUUUUUUCAAAAGAAAAAAAAUCGUUGGCCCUUUCAACCAGAAUGUAUUCCAUGGGAAGUGUGGACAGUGCGUUUGGAAUUAAUAAAAUUGUCCACAGAACAUGAACGACAAAUUUGUCGUGAAAAAGUUGGUGAUUUACUUACAGACAAAAUUUUAUAUAUUACAGAAGUAAUGAAUCGACACGAUUAUCUCCCAAAAAUGCCAAACCAGGCUGAAUUAGACUUAAUUUUCGAUACAUCGUAUCCCGAUAUUCAACCGUAUCUUUUUAAAUUGUCUUUUACAACUUCAGGACCAUCGAGCACGACAAUGGGCAACACAAUGAAAAAACUUAUUAAGGAAACUCUGUCCAUGUAGUUUAUAAAGCACUGACACUAAUUGAUUUUCGUUUAAAAAGCGUUUAAUCAAAUUCAAUAUACAUAUAGGUAUAUAUAUAUAAUUCUUGCACUUAAAAGUGAAAUAAAUUGACUCCGCAGCUACAUCUACGAUAUUUUAGAUUGAUUGAUUGUAUAGUACAAAUGAAUGUGAAGAUUUCUUGCACUUGAGUGCACAUUUAUACACGGUAUAAAGUGUGAAGAAACUUAGUCUUAAUAUUUACAUUGGUCUGCCUUGCGUCGCUUCAAGGAAUAUAAAGUGCGAACGAGAGUAGCUCUCUUCAAUGGAGAGAUCUAAUUAUAACAAGAAACGAUCAAAUACACUCGUUUUAAAAAAAAAAAAUAACUUACGAAAUCUUGUUCGUCGUGAAAUUUUCAUAGUAUCCGUUUAAUUAUAAAAAAAACAAUUUACAGCGUCUUUCAAAAAAAAAAAAAAAAAAUUCUCGGAAUAUAGCGUAACACAUCAAGAAUAGCCAUUUUACUAUAAUAAUAAUAAAAAAAAAAAAAACAGCUUCUAUCUUCGACCAUAAGGUCAUGACGAAUUUGUCCAGUCUUUAGCAUGUAGUGAUGAACACUGUAAACAUUAUACACGCCUUACACAAGAGUACAUAAACCACGGUUUUUCUAUCAUAGAGUGACUGUUAUUUAUUGGACGAGUGAUGCUAAAUAAUUA